AUGUUCUUCUCAUUAGUCUUCCUCUAUGGUAUUCAUCUUGUAAUAGCAUUGAGCUCGGUAGAAGAUUUAGCCGUGACGAAACAUUUUCAAAUUGGUUGUUUAACGCUGAAAUCUAAUAAACAAUUCAUCGUGACAAAUCUUCAAGAAAAUCAUCUUUUACCUUAUCAAACAUAUUCAAGUUCGAACAUGUCAGUUGGUUUAUGUUUUCGUCUAUGUCGUCGCUGGUUAAUUCUGCUCGACAAGCAAAACACAACAUGCAUUUGUUUGUCUACACUGAGCAAACUCUAUGAACUCAACGAGCAUCUGGGUGAAUAUUUAUCUGAUCACAAUUGUCCAGACACAAGCGUGCAGAUCUAUUCGAUAACAAAAGAUUCAACACCAUUACCAUUGCUAACGUCAUCAGUCAGCGAUGAUUGGUCAUUCGAUGGUUGUUAUGAAUUGGAGAAUAUCCAGUAUGUUCGCAUGACUAUUCCAUUAACGAAUUUCGAUUUCGCUACCGCACUGGAUCGUUGUCGAAAACACUGUUGGAUGUUACACGGAGCGAAUUACUAUGCGUAUUUUCUCUCGCGGAAAAAGUCUUGUUAUUGUCUACCAAUUGAAUUUCCUCCACCGAUUAAAACUGCUGCAAUACGAAAACCGCUAACACAUUGUUCAUUUCUUCCAAGUAUUUGUCAAGGAUUUGGCAAUUCGUGUAGACAAUAUUAUUCUGAAACGAAUGUUGAUACAUUAGUCAAAAUCGAUGUACAUCAUUAUUGUUCAUCCAUAGAGCCAGGUGCAUUUGCAUUUGAUCGAAUCUUUUAUCGAUGUUUGAAACUCGUUACACUUCGUCGAUUCAUAUCAAUUUCGACAAUAAAUUAUGAUCAGAAAUGCUCACCAAUUACUAUUAAAACGCGUGAACAAUGGAAUUAUUUGAUUCAUUCAUCAUGGGUAACCAAUACAAAUUUAUUCAUUCAGAUCGAUCGAAAUUCGACGUAUCUCUAUAGAGAUCUGUUUAAAUCGAAUAGUUUAGUAUCAUCAUCGAAUCUAUUGUGUGUAGUUAUUAAACGAACCGAUUCGAAUGCUGUCUUAGGUGAACUUAUUCAAUGUCUACUUGCACGUCCGCCAGGGUCCGUUUUAUGUGCGCAAAAACCGUACCCAUCGGCUAUACCACAUGAUGAAGAAUUUCAAAAUACAAAUGUUGGACCGGAAAUUUCGACGAACGAAACGUUGACUUGUCCUCCUGAAUUCGCUUUAUUCAAUCGAAUGUGUUACUACGCAGACCCAUCACUAACUUAUGGUAUUCAAGCGGGUGAACAAAUAUGUGCCAGUCAACAUUCGAACAGUACUCUAGUCACGUUUAAUUCUCAUGAAUGGGCGAAUGUAAAUGUUUCCAGAUUUCUCGGUCGAACUUUUAAUGAUAUUUUAUUAGAAUUCUUCUACUAUAUCUUAGAAAAGAAGCUCCCUAUGGGAACAGAACUGACAGCAAAUAGAAACCAACAAAUACGUUUACUCCUAGGAGACAAAAUCAGUCCGGAAAAAUGUUUCUUACGUUAUUUUACGCGUUCAAUUGGAGGUUUUUCUCUAAUUGAUUCAUGCACUAAUGGUGGAUAUCCUAUUUGUCAAACUGAACCAAUGCGAAUGAAAGUUUCCAGCACUACACUUAUACCUACCGCGAUAACUCCUAUAAAUACCUCGUCCAUUGAACAAAUGACAACACAAAUCAUUCCAUUAAACUCAACAACGAGUUCGUUGAUUUUCACAAAUGAAUCAAAUAACAUAUCAUCAUGUGACAAUUGUACUGCGAAUUCUAUUCGCAACGACGAAGAUUCAGUUGAUAAUCAAACGAAGAUCUAUCCGGAAUCUUACAUGAACUCAACCAAAGCAAUUAUACAGCCGAUAUCCACAUUAAAAGCUCACGUUAAGUACCGGCCAUUAGUUCUAAUCCUUACCGGUCCGGUAUUAGGUUUGAUCAUAUUAAUUCUCGGAGUUGCUCUAUUAAUCUGGCGUGUUCGACAAAGCACUGAAUCAUAUUCUAUACGUAAUAGUUUUCUUGCUUAUCAGCGUACGAAACGUUCAUCAACAACUGCAACAGUCAGCGACGUUCCUACGACACCUGUUAUUAUCUAUAAUCGUACAAAACCUAAACGGCAAUCGGCGGGUGAAUCUGGUUCAUCAUUACUUUCACAUCAUUUCUUACCCGAUGACGAUACGAUCGAACUUUAUGCUACAACAAAGACACCAUUGAUCGAUAGCAUUCCAGAAGAACCGUGUUCUACUAAUAUGUCUUUAACAGGCAAAAAAACUCGAGAUCCAUCUCACCUACCUACCCUAUCUUACGAAAUCAAAUUAAAUCUCCCUGUUAGCGUUGAUAGUAAACCACAAGAAAUCUCUUUCUUAGAUUUAAUCGCGAAUGAUACCAGAUUUAAAAACGAUAAAGAAAGUUUGGAGUUGGUGUUGAGCUCCUAUGUAAAGGCAUGUGGUAAACAAAGUGUCAAAGAAAUUCUUGCCGAACGUGACACCACAGUUGAUGAAAACGCAUCAUUAUCCGAUAUUAUCCAUGCGCUAAUGGAUUAUAACGAUCAGCAAAAUGCAAACUUAGGUGUUGGUUAUAAUGAUCCUGAAGAUGAUGAUUCAUUUAUUGAUGAUUCGACGGCUGCUCAAGAUAUUAUACCGAGGAAUAUGACGAACGAACGGGAUGGAUUUUAUGUCAAUGAAAAGCAUCAGCCAAUUAAUGCUCGGUAUCUGAGUGAUCCGAGUGAAUCGGAAAGCGAAGAAGAAGAGGAUGACGAUAGUGACGAUGAUGAUGAUGACGAUGAAUCGAGUGAAAGUGAAAAAGAUGAAAAGCAAACGAAAAAGACUACUGAUAGAGAAGAUGAUGGAAAUGACAAAGCAGCAAAGAAGAGCAAAACAGUUGACGACAUUGCAACGAAGCCAUCUACUGUUAAGCGAAAACGAAGCGUAUCAGAAGUUACCGCACCUAAUUUGCCGGUCAGUCUUGACGACAAAACUAAAAGUCACAAGCCAGUCGAGGAACCAGUGAAAAAGAUUCAGAAACUAGCUGAAACAAUUCCCGUACAAUCAACAUCAGAUGCCGUUUCUUAUGUCUUACCAAACGAAAUGGAAAGUGAUGUUAAACCAUGCAUCGAUAAACUAGUCAAAUUGAUUGUGUCUGAGUCAACAAUGAAUAACAAGCAAAAGAAAAUCGAACGCCUUUUUCAUCCAACAAUCUGUCGCGAAUUACUCGAUCUGGUCAAGAAGUUACAUCGACAUACGAAUGCUCAUCGACAAUUGGCAUUUGAUAUUUUAAGUACUAAGACUGGUAUCUGUGCACAAAUCUUAGUAACAAGAGCUCGUUUGAUAUUACUGAAUGAUUAUGAACCAUCGGCACCUUUGAGUUCAUUGAGUGAAAUGAAGAACAAACUGAAAGCAGAAAUUAAUCGUUCGUUAGAGAUUCAUAUACAAGCACACAAUCAAGCAGUCAAAGAGUGGCAACAAAAAAUGGCAGAAAAUCCGUCGAAAGACAAAAAUCGUGGACCGAGGAAGAAUUUUCGUUUGUACAAAACAAUAAAUGAACUCAUUAUUCGUUGUCUAGAUCGUAAGCUUGAAUCAAUGACGGUACUUGAUUUAGAAUCGUUGGAGUUAUUUCUUCACGAUCAAAUCGUUCCACUAUGGGAAAAAUCAGGAUGGAUGACAGCGAAAAAAAUCACCAGCGAAGUCAUUCGAUUGGAAUAUCGACCUUUGAAAGAUCCAAAUCCGCCACCAGUUCCAUCAUCUCAAGCGAAUCGAACAACACCUUUAUCUCCAGCAGCUGAACGAGUGAAGAAGGACUCGACGGCAAUUCCAUUAUUACCGGCGCCGCCACUACCUGGAAAAGUUUCAAAUACUCAUGUAUCUCCAACGAAGCCAGUGCAGCAACAAACGGCAAUAAAAACUAAUGAAAAUAAAUCUUUAAAUCAUAUCUCAUCAAAUAGCAAUCCGUUGAAAACAGUAGAAUUGGCGACACGGGUUUCCACGAAUGUUGUUAAACAACAUACUUCACGUCCUUCACCGACAGGAUCAACAUCCAGUCAAUCAUCUGAGCAGUCUUCACAUAAAUCAAGCAAAAUAGAUCUAAAUCGGUCUCUUGUUAAGCCAUCCAUUGCUUCUCAACCUGAAACGGCGACUAAACGUAAUUCUACUCCAAACUUACCUUCUGUAUUGGAUCUCACAAUGGAUAUAUUUUCACAAUUCAAAAAACAACCCGACGAAUUACUUCUUGCACCACACAAAGCACAUUCACAUUCCUCAUCCAACAAAGAUCCAUCGUCAUCUUCAUACAGAUCCUCAUUAUCAUCCUCCUCCUCCUCAAGUAGUCAUUCGAAACAACAACAGCAACAAUUUGCUACCAAACUUCCCUCAGAAAAGUCUUCGGCUUCAUCUUUUCUUAAAGACGCACUUAUGAUUAGUGCAUCAUCAUCAUCAUCACCGAAAAUGUCAUCAUCACCAUUAGCAGUUGAUAACAUGCUCAGUAAAUCACAUCACAGUCCUAAAUCGACUCCAUCUACAUCUGCAUCUGCUUCCAAACCAUCAGCAACAGUACAAAGCUCAACACCUAAUCCCCACCGUUCGUCAGGAUCGCAUAAGAGUAGUUCGAGUCGUUCUUCAGUCGAUUUUUCUUCUCAUAAAAAUGAGCAACAAAUUCAGCAACAAAAAACAUCUUCAUCAAGUAAUCGAUCGCAAGCAAAUGUCGGAUCAUCAUCAACAUCAAAGUCGUCGUCUGUCUCACCAGCAUCUCGCCGUUCAACAUCUACAUUUACUGGUACACACGAAUCUCAGUCCAACCGUAGUCAUACAUCUUCGAUGGCAAUACCAUCCUCAUUGCCACAAUCACUGCAAUGGGAUACAGCAACAUUGCAAUUAGCUGCUGCUGCAUUAUCUAAUCCUCAAUUACUCAGUUCAACUAUGUUCGAUCCGACUUUAUUCAAUUCGAUGUUCGGUACAGCACCGAGCAUCGUUUCUUCCAAUCAGUCAUCUUCAUCACGUCAACAACAAUCGAACAAUAAUAAUCGACGAAGUUAA